UCCGUCACAAACUUCAAACACUAGCACAAAUUUUAUAUGGAAUUUUCUAGAAAAUUAAUAUUCUAGAAUCUAGCAAAGGAAACUGAACUAGAUUAACGGAUUCAUCUGAAUGCCUGCCACCAUUCGACGUUCAUAACCGACAUUUACCUAGUCGAUUCAAUCGCCUUGUAAUUAAUAACCAACAUUUAAUCUACCUCCAACUUAAAACCUUCAAAUCUAUCUUCUCCCUUUAUACGACUCUUAAUAUGGCUAAAUGGGGCGAAGGCGAUCCCAGGUGGAUAGUGGAGGAGCGACCGGACGCCACCAACGUAAACAACUGGCAUUGGACGGAGAAAAACGCCGGCCCUUGGUCGAGGGAGAAAUUAAAGAGCUGUUCGUCGGGCAGAAAAUCGAAUCGAACGAAGCCGAUCUCACCAUCAACUCUGUGGAUAAACUCGAAGGCGAGGCCUCCGCCAACAACAGAAAAGGAAAAUUGAUAUUCUUCUACGAGUGGGACAUCGUGUUGAAGUGGGAGGGCAAGCUCAAAGACGGCACCGAUCGAACGUUCACCGGAAAGAUUAACGUACCGAAUUUAUCCGAGGAAAAUGACGCUUCUGAUUUAGAUAUACAAAUUACCAUAAAAGACGAAGACGAGGAGGGCACGAAAUUGAAACGAAUCAUGCUGAAAACCGGCAAAGAGUUUGUUCGUUCGCAAUUGGUCAAGUACAUUUCCGGCUUGAAAGAGGAAUUCUCCAAAGGGAUGAUUCUGCCCAAAAAGGGCGAGGAGAAAGUGGACAGCGUGAAAAUGCUCACCAGCGGUUUCAACAAAACCAAAAUCAACAUGCAACCCGUAGUGAAUCACGAUAACAAACAAAUAGGUCUCAAAAUCGACACUAAAUCGUUUAAACAAACUCAGAAGUUCCAGUGUACUGCACAGGAGUUUUACAACGCCAUGACCCGAAUAGAAAUGGUUACGGCCUUUACGAGGGGCCACGUGAAACUGGACCCGGUCAAAGGCGGGAAAUUCGAAUUGUUCGGCGGCAACAUAAUCGGCAAAUUCGACGAGCUGGUGCCCGAUAAGAAGAUCGUCAAACAGUGGAGGUACAAGCAGUGGCCUGAGGGGCAUUAUUCUACAGUCACCAUUAGUAUCGAUCAGAAAAACGAUCACACGGAAGUGACGUUGGAGCAAACAGGCGUGCCAACCGGCGAGUUGGAGGUUACCAAAACGAAUUGGCAAAAGUACUAUUGGGAUGCCAUGAAGCAGGCGUUCGGGUUCGGGGCGUUCUUCGUGUAGAAAACACUUUUUAUAUUUAAUUUGUACAGUCGAGGUUUGUUGUUGGAGGAAAUUGAGAAUGCCUAAAUCGUUUAGUUUUAUAGUUUGAUUGAAACAUUUCAACGUACUGUUUAAUUUUAUUUUGGAUUACUUUACUUUUGGGGUCGUACGUAUCUGGUUUUGUAGAUAUCCCGUUCCCGUGCUGGUACACAUUUUUAGGUAAUUUAUUUAAUGCCCGCUUUUUUUGGCUGUUAUGAUAUUUUGUAAUAAACGAAAACA